AUGCAAGAGCAACCGCAGCCACAAGAAAACAGGCAGUGGCAGAGCUGCAACCCCAUUUCUUUAGCCAUAGAGGCAUCCGUGACUCUGGCCCCUUGCCCACCCACAGCAGCUCCUGUGAACUCAACAACUCCAGACGUCGCUGAGGAACCUGUGACCAUGGCUCCCCCGACACUUCUGUCCUCUCCCUGGGGUGCUGGAGCCGCCAUCCUAGGAGACCACAGAGGUAGCCGAGGGGACAGCCAGACCAGAGCCCCGGACGCAACAUCCACCACCGCAGCGGCAACACCAGCCGCAGUGGCGAGGCGCUACUGA